AUGUUAAUUGGUGUCUCAUGUUUCGAUCGAACUGAUACUCUAACUAAAAAAUAUUCAAAAAAAAGAAGAAGAAGAACUCGCCACACAACUAGAAGUAUAUCUUCCUCUUCCUUAACCUUAGAAGAAGGUUACAUGAAUGUCAGAAUAAGCCCAUAUACAUGGAUACUUUCAACAUAUUAUCAAGAUAGGAUAAUAACUUCUGUGGAUGAUACUGGUGGUGUUAUACGAUUUCUUGCUGAUGAAAGUUCAACUGAUGUUGAUGUGGUAAUAGUUCAUGUGCUUGGAAUUUCCAAAACUACAAUUGAAGGCAAAUAUUUAGUUGAUAAUUCUUAUAAAACAAAUGCACAAAUUAAACCUGCAGAAGAUUUCUUAUUUCCAAUGGUAAUUGCCAGCGAGAUUGGUUCCGCAGAAGGAUCCAAUCCAAAUUUACAAUUAUAUCAUAGAAGUAUUGAAAAAAAUUAUUUUAUGGCAGAAAAUUAUAGAUUUGAUUUAUUAGAGAUGUAUAGUCUAAAAACCGGUGAACAUUACAAAACUUUUCAUAUUCGUGAAGAAGCAACAGAACAGCUGGCAGCUAAUGGUAACUCAAUUUUUGAAAUUUCCAAGAAUGAUGUAUUGUUAGCAUUUUGCAGAGGAACAAACAUUGUUUCAAUAUAUUUGAUGGAAAAUACUUUGGAAAUUUCAACAAAACUAUUCUCUAAUCUUUAUAGAAUAAAUUCAAUUGAUUUUGUUCAUAAUGAUGAAAAAUUAUUGUUAAUCGGUGAAGAAGAAAAGGUUAAAGAUGACGGUUCAACAGAAUUAGUAGCUGUUAUUUUGAUUUGGGAUCUUUAUAGUGAAUGCGAUGAUUCAGUUAAAAUAAUUAAAGAUACUCAAAAUAUAAUUCGAAAGUGUACAAACGUUUCUACGAAAUUUGUUGAUCAUUAUCAUAGAUUUUCUAGUUCCAAUGGAUUUAUUGUUGGUGUGGAUGAAGAAAACGGAGAUGUGUUUUCGAUUGUUGAUCAUCCAGAUCUUGCAGAUUAUUUGAAUCCUUCAGUACCGUCAUCUGAACUAGUUACAUUGGUGCUUCCAUAUCAAGAAGUUUCAUCACCAUUAGCUCAAAUUUAUCAUUACAUUUACACGCAGGAUGGUAGAUAUUUUGAUGCUAAGCAAGAACCAAAACAAGUUAUUGUUAUUAGUAACGCGGAACCUUGGGUUCGUUACAAACAACAUUCUCGCAUUUCGGCCUAUCUUAAUAAUGAUAAGAAACUACAAGUAAUUAUGGGAUUAACCACAAUUCAAGUGUGGCGAAAAAAUGAUUAUUCUAAAUACAAACGAAGACUUGAGUAUAUUUGGAUUAGUCCUCAUGGUGAAAAAUUCGAUGUUCAAAGAUUGCUAAUUGGUAAUGGAGAAUUUUUUGUUGAGUUGUUACUUCCUGAAUCUAAACAAAAAAUUGAAAUUCAUUGGCCACAUAAAUGUUCUAC